GGAUUUUGGAUUGGUUUCAUCUCAGAAGCUGACACCUAUCCCAUAAAUCUCUUAACGUGGCAACCCAAAAAAGAUGACGUGUUGGGUUUUAAGAGAUGUACGUAGCCUCUCUGCUUUAAGGUUUUUGUUUGAUUUCUGGGUGUGUGUAAAUGGAGGAAAAAAUGGCUGAUAUUCGGGAUGAGCAUGGCAACCCCAUUGAACUCACCGAUGAGCUUGGCAACCCGGUUGUGUUGACCGAUGAACAUGGCAACCCCAUGCGGCUCACCGGGGUCGCCACCAAGAUUGGCCCCACGCUCGGGUCGCUGUUGUGCAGUGGCCGUGACGAUGGUCCUAGCGGUGGUCAUGGCGAUGGCGAGCAGGAGCUGCUGCCACAUGAGGGGCAUGAUGAUGGUGGCCGUGUUCGCUCUACCACUUCUGGCUCUAGUUCGUUUGAUGAGGAGGAGGAGCAAAGCAAAAUGAGGAAGAAGGAGAAAAAGAAAGAUGAGUGUUAUUUCUCUCAGUUUGAUGAGGGCGACGAGAAAAAAAGGAAGAAGAAGAGUGAGAAGAAGAAAGGAUUCACCCAGAAAAUAAAAGAGAAACUAACUGGCAGGAGGCAUAAAGAGGAGCAGCCUCACACUCCUCACCCUCAGACCACCACGGCCACCGAAACCGCCGCUCCGACCUCCAUGGACCGGCCCACCGAGCACCUCAAGAGAGGCGCCGUGGAGAAGAUCAACGACGGCAGUGGCCACCAUACUCACUAAACAACUCAUACACAGCCAUGUCUAUAUCCAUCAUAUAAUAUGGACUGUAUUUUUCAUUCCAACUGAGAUCAUGUGGGAUGAAAAAUAGUGGAAUUUCAAUUCCCAUGAUUUUGGGAUUUUUUUUCCCUUUUUUUUGCUGUAUUUUGACAUUUUUAGAA